AACUCAAUGUAAAUAUUUUUUAUUUGAUGCUUUAACUAGAAAUUCUGAUUGACAACAAAAUAGUUUUGUUUUUUAAUAAAGUCUAUAAAAAAGUUUAUAAAUAUUGAAAUGAAAAAGAGAAGUUAUAACGUUCCAUUAUAUAAUUUAGAUUCUGAUUACUUUCAUACAUUUAUGAAAGUAAUUGCUUUUUCAAAGUGUGUUGGAGUGAAUUAGUUAAAGAUUAAACAUUACUGCAUAUUAUGCAAUGAAAAGCUUUAAGACAAUAUCAGAAUGUCUUUUUUUCGCCGAAAAAAGAAUAGAGCAGAUUCUGUCUUACCCAGAACUAGUUCCAUAUCUGUAUAUGGACAAGGUCGAUCACAAUCUUUACAUAGUGCUAAGAACUCUGAUAAGACAUCUGAUUCUGGAUCAUUUUCAAGCAUUGACCUGGAAGACAGACCACAUCCUCUGGCUUUUGCUGAGGCCACUUAUGAAGAUUCUUUGCCUAUGAAAACUAAAUCCAGACUUUCUAAGGAUUUGGAAGAAGUCCUAAAUGAUAAUGCUGCUCUUGCCUAUUUUAUUCAAUUUAUGGAUGCAAAGGCAGCAAAACAUUUAAUCAAGUUUUGGCUUGAAGCAGAAAGUUUUAAAGUAUCUCUGGAGACCAAGAGAAAGACUCUUAAACAGCCAGUUCCUCAAAUACCCUGUGAUCCCAAUGUUUGUGCUGCAAAUUCAUCUGGCAGUGGAAGUAGUGGCUAUACAUCAGACAAAUCUGAAGAAGUCUUCCACUUGUCUAGUCAAACGAAAAACUCCCUAACUUCAACUUACCAUAAGCAAAAUGGUUUAAGUAUAGGUGCAAAUUCUGGUGAUGCUAAUGUAAAUAAAAAUGUUUCUCUCGGUGUCAGAGAAAAUGUAUGUGAUAACUCAAUCAAAUAUAAGUCAGUGACGCAGCAUCUUUCAGUUGAUUCCGGUUGUGAAGUUAAAUGCAAGGAGCAUUUUUCCAGCUCUGAAAUUUCUUGUGUAGACUUUAUUGAUGACAAUAAACCUGAUGUAAAUAAUAUUGAAACAUUGUGUGAGUCUUGUGUGCAAGAAACAGAUGUGAUGAAUAAAGAACAAAGUUCUGAUGUCUUAAAAGAAGGUCUUGUGAAAUUAGAAACUAGUGUAGAGCAAGAUGCUAUAUCAAUCUUUUCAAAGUUCAUUGACUUAGAUGCACCUUCUCCUAUUGAUGUUUCUAAUGAUCUUAGAGAAGCAAUAAAAAAUAAUAUAUUAUCAACAGAAAUUGAUACAGAAUGCUUUGUUCCGGCCCAAAGAUUUGUUGUCAAAAAAAUGGCAAAGGAAUUUUAUCCUAUAUUUUUACGAAGUAGCUUCCACUGCAAACACCAAAUCGAUGUUUUGACCAGUGGAAAUGUUUAUUUAGCUGAUGUUCUUUACAAUGACUCUGCUCUAUUCUUUUUUAUGGAGUUCAUGGAACAAGAAGGGGUGAGACAUUUGGUUGAUUUUUUAUUAAUGGCAGAUAAUUUUCAAAAACAUUUACGUUCUCAAAAAGAAGGUUAUGAUGGCAUGCAAGCUCAGACUGAUGCUAUGGUUAUAUAUGAUAAGUAUUUUUCAUUGCAAGCAACAAUACCAUUAGGUUUCAGUGACGCAAUACGCUUUGAGGUGGAAAUGAACAUUUGCGGAGAAGAGGGUCCAAAUCCAGACUGUUUUUUAAAGCCUGUAAAAAUUCUCACUCAAUACCUAGAAAAGACCUAUCUUUUGCAAUUUCUUAAUAGCCAAUUAUAUUUCAAGUAUAUAUCUGAAUGCAUUAUUAUAAUUCAAAAUGAUGGAACUGAUAAUUUACCUCGACAGAAGUACACUGGCAGUGAUAGUGGCAGCGAGCAGAGUCUUCCUAUCUCCUCUGUAAAUACACUUUUAGCCAUGGACAGCAAGCAACUUGGGACCACCAAAGUCAUUAAAAACAUUGAUGAUCAAGACAUGAGAAUAGAUACUCAACAAUUCAGACCUGAUACUCUGUGGCAGAGACCUCUGGCAGGAAAACUUCAAAUGGCUCAUGUUGAUCAUUUAGGAAGAGUUACAACUGAAUUUGAACCUGAACCAGAUAGGAAAAAAGAAUCUAAAAUUUCCAAAGCUGUUAAGAAACUAGUCAACUGGGAGGAGGAUAAGAACCAAGAAGAUAUGGCCUGGAAAGUUGCUGAAAUGAUAGUAAAAGAUAUUUGUAGCGUAACAAUGCCUACUGAAUUCAAUAACUGUCCAACUCAAGAUGAUCCUUCCUAAAAUUAUCUUUAGUUGCCCACUUUUAUGGUACAAUGUGUACAUAAAAAACAGUUUUUGAUGAAAAACGGGGUAAUAAAUAAAAUUGUGAUGUGAUAUGGACUAAAACCUUUUUGCCAAGUCCAGUUUAUUUUAGACGCUGUUAAAAACUUUGUCUACUUGAGUUCAAGUCACAAGUUCAUCUCAUUUGUAUUCGGGGAAAGAAAGAAACUCAUUUUUAUGUUUCAUUUAGUUAAUGUAGCUCAUAGUUAUUUUAAUGUUGAACAUAGUUGCCAAUUUUUAGUGUACAAUGAUAAAUAUUUAUUAUAUUCUUUUUCAUAUUUAUGUAUUUCAAGGAUAUAGUUGCAAACAUUAAAGCAAAGUUUAUAUUAGUUCACAAUAGCUUGUUUUAUAUCUAUAUAAUCUUGUUUAUUUUUAUAAUGAAUCAUACUCGUUAUCAUAUGUUUCUAAUUUUCUUUUUUUCCUUGCAUUCCAUCUGAUACUAUUUUUCCGUUUUAUUUCAUAUGUAACAUUUUCUAUUUAUUAAUCUCAAGCCAUGUACUCAUAGGAUGGGCUUUCAAAAAUAUUAUCUUUUUAUAAUAGUGAGGAAAGAAUUCUUUGUGGGCUAAAUAAAAAAAAAAAUGUUAUCCUCUGUGUAAGAAACAUAAAUAUUUUUGAUAUUGCUCUUCUUAUAGGACCAAAGUGAUUUUCUUUUUAGGGUUUUACUGGGUACCUCUCUCAUCCUAUUAGGAGGGCAAUUAUAAGAAAUAAUUACUUUCUCAAGUAUAAUUUUUCUUUUUUUACUCUAAUUCUUAAAUUUUAAGUGUAAUUCAGGAGCAGAAAAUAUUUUCAUGUUUAAAAAAUAUUAUAUAUACCC